AGGGUACAAGAUCAUUUCCCUCCCCAGAAUCUGCGUGAGAUCGAUAUUGUCCUCGUUGUGAACAAAACUAUAUUCGCCUGUAAACCCUCCAAUUCUUGAGCUGAUUAGCUUCAUUUUAUAAGCAUUUGCUGAGCUGAAUGCUGAUCCACAGAAAAUGAAAGUGCCGUUAACUACUCAGUUAUUUACAUGGUUUGCGUUGCUGUUGGCCGCCUCGUUUCGUGGUGCGGCCGCAAAGAGCGUCCUUGCAGGUACCCAUUCCAGCACUGCAAAUGAAACAGUUAGCUGAUGCUGGGUCGUGUAUGGCACGAGUUCUUCGCCUUCUACUAUCAACCGCUCUCCGUCUCAGCAUCCAGGACACAGAGACUCUGCUAAUUGGUCCACGUCAGGUCCACUCCGGCAGUCUUCACACAGAUUCACUUUCUGCUCUGUUAGGUGGACGACAGAAUUCUGAUUUUCUGCAACAGUGUCUUCGCGGUCAGCUUGAGCAAUGCCGUCGCAAAAGCCACCCAUGUAGCGAUGCUGGAAAGUGCGCUUUCACACAUUCUCCACAAGGGAGUGGAGCGUACAUUUGCCACUGCGACGAUGGACGUACUGGAACGUUUUGUCAGAUAGUACUGCCAUCCUGUUCUGGUAAUCCAUGUCAGAACGGUGCAACAUGUCAACAGAGAGGAUCAUCAUUUCAUUGUCACUGUCCACCACUGUAUACUGGAAAACGUUGUGAGGAAAAGUGGUUGGACGUAGCUAAGUUUAAACAGCAAUCCAACACAUUGCAUCAAGUCAGUGAAGAUGUUCAACAACUGAGACAUGAACUGCAAACUGGAAGACAAGACGAUACCGAUCGUAUGUAUACGUUUCUUCAACACCUGGAGAAGCGAGUCCUUAAAAACGUCAACUCCACUAUGGCUCAUCUGUCAUCCGAAGUUGCCUCACUUAGUGAACGUCUAGACCAACUGCAAGAGAAUCAAGAAGUAUCCUUUCCCUGUCGGAGGACAAGCCAGGGGCGGUCAGGUCUAUUCAAUAGCGGAACACCCACGGCAAUAUUCACUGCAUACUGUGAUCAAGAGACUGAUGGAGGUGGCUGGACUGUGUUUCAGAGAAGACAAGAUGGCUCAGUGGACUUCUACCGUGACUGGAAUGCAUACAAACUAGGAUUCGGAUCAGCGGCUGGAGAGUUCUGGCUGGGUCUAGAUACACUACACUAUAUGACAUCACAAGCGGGUAGUACAUAUGAGCUGCGUAUUGAUAUGGUGUUCAAGACAACUGGAGAGAAGCAUUAUGCCAAGUGGUCAGCAUUCCGUGUUGAAGGUGAAGCUAACAAUUACAGACUACACUUUUCAGGAUUUUCAAGCCCUACCUUGGUGGACAGAAUGAGACGCCACAAUGAACAACAGUUCAGCACUCGGGAUCGGGAUCAUGACAGAUUGACAGGGGACUGUUCCAAUUCCUACAAAGGUGGAUGGUGGUACAACCGGUGUUAUGACGCAAACCUCAAUGGAGAGUAUGGACUUCACGAUGGAUUACCACGUGGUAUAGUGUACAAAUAUCCCGGAAACAAUUACUCGAUUUUGAGGUUCGUGGAAAUGAAGCUACGAAAGCAGCUCUAAAGCUCAAAUCUACUCUCCUGGUGUAUUCUAGAGCGACAUUAACCAUUUCAAGUUUUCAUUGGCUUACCAAUAUCACAUUCCGGCUCCCUUUUAGUUUUAGUUCUUUCUGUCACUUGCUCCGUGAAGAGAUUUUGGAGGGUAGCAUUGUGAUAGUAGGGUCUGUUGGUUUCGUGUCCAAGAAGUCACAUGUAUAUUCAUUCGCUUAUGUAGCCAGGAUCUAUGCAUUCAGAAAGAGGUGCACGAUGUUGCACAUGCACGUUUCACUUAUUUUUAAACUACUUACAUGUACAUGUACAUCUUCACGUUCACUUUAUAAACUGUCAUAACCCACGGAAUGUGCGAUAUUUUUUUAGUUCGCCUCCUUUUCCUUCUCAGUAAUUUCAUUCAUUGUUGACUUCAGCGCCUUUCCUACGUACUUCCUCCGUUAACAAAAAACUUCGUGAUGGAUUUUGAUGGAUAUGAAAAUGCUUAGAACAGGUCAAGAACAGUUUGUAUCGACUGCAAAUGACUGGACGAAGGUGAAUCAGCCUAUGUACAGCGUCUUUACAAGAGAAACUGUUCGCAGAAAGAGCAGAGAGUUCAGUUUGCGUCGCUUUCGCUCGACUCAUUUUUGACCUGCGUCGCUGUCGUCAUCUGCUGCACGCGAGUCGUCAUCUCUCUCGAGUCGUUGUUCAGCUCGUUUCAGCCUUACCUCGGCUUCUUUGAUCACACUCCCCUGACCUUGAUGUCGCCGUCGCUGAAGUAAGUUGGCUUUCAAGCUGCGUGAUCCGCCGCGAUGGCGAUUACUCGUUUCCACGAGGGAGUCGUGAAAAAUAUUUUACGACUCCCUGGUUUCAUCUUCGCUCUCCAGAACUCCGCGAAACGAAGAGUAAAGGCACAUCCAAACUGAUUUCAUUUUCUCUAAUGGAUACCCCUGCCAGCACUGAACGGUAGCGGCUAGCAAGUCCAGUCGACUUUCUUUAGCCAUGAGACUCGCAUCGGACUGCAGACUUCUUUCUGAAAGAAUGCAUGGUCAUCAGCAUUCGAAUCUGGGCUUUGCGCAGUUUGAACAAGAACUUGAGUUCAGAAUUAGUUUUCAUUGAGCCGUGCGAUCGGAGCAGCUCCUUGUUCACUCGCUCAUUAUGUGGGCUCGCUGCUCCGUUUUAUCGUUCUCUAACUCACUUAGUGCCGAAGUGGUAGAGAGGCCAAGCAGCGCAAUAUACCCUCGGAGAAGUGGUAUUUCAGUUUCGCUCGCCAUGACUGUCAUCACCUACGUUUCCACAGCGCAACCAUCGAUUCUGCUCGACUUAUUGUGAAAGGUCGAUUUCCUUGCAUCGUACUUCUUUCAUGGCAUGCCAGGGAUUCAGGGAAGGCCAAGAAAGUGAUUGCGACUCAUUGCACGGCCGUUUGUGCCCAAAUCAGCCCCUCAAAAAUCCAUCAUGAAGUUUUUGUUAACGGAGGAAGUAAUUGUUUUAAAAUAUAUUUGUACUCGAUCAUAGUGCACGGUGUUUUGAACUGGCUCUAGAAAAGAAGAAAAUAGCUGGUACUUGUGGAAAAAUGUGCUGCGUUUGCGUAGUUGUUCUUACUGCGAUAGGUUCUAACAAUAAUGAGAUGCCUUUUGUUGGCUCUUCU